AUGGUCCAGCUGCAGAUAACUCAUGUAAUUUUUGAUUUGGAUGGGACGUUAGUUGAUUCAGAAGACAUAUAUAAACAAGUAUACACAAAAGUUUUGGCAAGGGUUGGUAAAGUGUUUACCGACGACGUUUGUUCAGCCAUUGCUGGUCUUGCGCGAGAAGGAGCAUUGAAUUGUGUUCAUCAGAUGCUAGAUCUUGAGGGUGUAAUGACUCCUGAUGAUAUUGGAAAUGCAGUAGACGCUGAAUGCAGUACAGAAUUGCUAAAGGCUCAGUUGUUGCCCGGUGUCCUAAAAACAAUACGUCAUUUUGCAACGUGUAAAGUGCCAAUGGCCAUUUGUUCAGGAUCUCAACUUGAUGCAUGCAAACUAAAGUUGCAGAAUCAUAAGGAGGUUUCAGACAUGAUGUCGGCUAUUGUGGGUAAUGAUGAUCCUGAUAUUCACGAGGGUAAACCAGCUGCUGAUGCGUAUCUGGUAACGAUGAAACGAUUUCCGUCACCUCCAAAAUCCCCCAGAAAUGUGCUGGUUUUUGAAGACUCGCCAAACGGAGUUCGUUCUGCUGUUGCAGCUGGAACACAUGUGGUAAUGAUCCACAACAACCCUCUUUUUUUACCUCCAGAAGAAGUAUUAAGUCGUAUUGAUAAAGUGAUAAAUAGUUUUGAACAGUUUCACCCUGAAGAUUUUGGGUUGGUGCCAUAUGUUUAG